AUGUCGGUAUCAAGAUUUUUGAUGCUCCUUGUAGCUGUAUCGUUUGCUUAUUUUAAAAUCCCAUUAAAGAAGCUUAAUAAGGAGGCAUUGGUAAAUUCAACCUCCACUGAUUUACCUACAACUCAAUCAAUGUCAAGUUCUUUAUUAUACAAUUAUUACAAUCUGCAAUAUAUAGCUGACAUCUAUGUAGGCUCAAGUCUUAAGUGGUUUAGUGUCUUAGUCAGCACUACAUCUCCACACCUUUGGAUUCCUUCUACAUCAUGCAUAUAUUGCCAUGCCUCUUUUAGUUAUUUUGAUCCCUCUACCAGUUCUACUUAUAAGUAUAUUGGAUCAAACUAUAAAGCAAGCUAUAGCUUCGGCUAUGCUAAAGGAGAUUUAAGCUCUGAUAUCUUUGGGAUUGGGGAUGAUACUUUCAUUUAUGUUUACGACCAAAAGUUUAUUCUAGCCCAUGAAGAUUCAGGUUUCGACGCAGCAUAUUUUGAUGGGGUUUUGGGAUUAGAGUAUGGCUACUUGUCUUUUGGGUAUCCUACUUUUCUCGAUAAAUUAAAAGCACAGGGACAGAUUUCCCGAAAAUUAUUUUCUGUUUAUUUAAAUGACAACUAUUUUCUGGGCUCUUCGUAUGACGGCUCUGCGAUAACCUUUGGAGGUUAUGACUUAGCUGCCUAUUCUUCAAGCUCGUCAGUAAAAUAUGUUUAUUUGGAUAAGAAUAAUGGAAAGUGGCAGCUGAAACUAUCGAAAUUAUAUGUGGAAGGCUGGAGUAUAUCAUCUGGCACUUUUACAGCUAAUUUUGAUGUUGGAAAUGGCUUGAUAGUUGCUCCUCCAACGGAGUUUUACAACAUUACUAGUGAUAUAGCGCUAUAUGGAGAUUGUUGGUGGAGUGGUGGAUUCUUGAAUUGUGACUGUGGAUUUUCUUAUUCAAUUUAUGAUUAUCCAAUUAUAAGCUUUAAGCUAGGAUCAUAUUAUACUUUUGGCUUGAAUCCUUGGGAUUAUUUCUAUCAAGCAGAUUCGACUACAUGCAUUUUACUUUUUGGAAUGGGCACUGAUAGUAUCACUUGGAAUUUAGGAGAUCCAUUUUUCAGAAAAUAUUAUACAAUUUUUGAUGCAGACUAUGCAAUGAUAGGAUUUGCAGAUGCAUUGAGGUAUUCAACGACCGCCCUAGCAGCUAAUACAAGUUCAAUCAAUAAAAUUAAAACUGUUGAUAGAGAAGCUCUCAUUCAAAAGGAAAAAAGUGACCAAAGUGGAGCUGAAAAUUCUACAAGUAUUUACUACUGGGCUAUUUCUGGCAUCUUGCUUGCCUGUCUUUCAGGGUUUAUCUAUCUCUCGUACAAGAUAAAGAGGGCAAGUGAUCAAGGAAUUCCCUACCACAAGAUUUCUGCUUAA